AUGACACACGCCCCGACGCCAGACAAGCUCAUCGGCGCACUGCCAGACAUGGAGGCCAUCCGCCAGUCGCUGAUCACGAAAGUGCAAGGCAAGCGUCGCCACGAGGCAUCGCUGCCGCAGAAAAAGCGAGAUGCUCUUCUUCAGGAGAUCACCAGCGCUGCCAAGGACGGCGACCCGCUGAUGCUCAUCAGCCAGCCUUACCCGCCAUGCCUGAAGCGAGACGACGACCUGACGCCCAUCACCCUCGCAGAACUCCACCUCGAGACGCAUCACUCCGGCCGAAUGCUGCGGGCGAAGCGCGUUGGCCCUUCUGCAUCGCGUCACGCUUCCGCGCAGUACAUGGUGGAAGAUGCGACGGGCAUGGAGCUUCUCGUCCUGGACUUCCUCGCAUUUCCAGACGACCUUUUCCUGCCACCGGACGCUCAAAUCACCAUCAAAGAGCCAUAUCUCCGAAUCGGCCACGACAGCACGGCACACCUCGCUGUUGCCCAUCCACGUGACAUCGAAGCCGUCUAUCUCACGCAGAGCAACACGGAGUCGACCGUUCUGAAAGACCGCGGAAAUCUUGACUUCAAAGCCGCUCGUUAUGCAUCUGCUUUUCACGCCUACACCGAGGCGCUGGCUGCACCAAACAUACGCGCUACGCUCAAGGCUAACAUACAUCGCAAUCGAGCUUUGACCAACUUCAAGCUUGGUCGAUUCGACGACGCCAUUCUUGACGCCCGCCACGCCCUGGAACUCGAGCCCGAAUGUGAUCAUGUCAAGCGCGGCAAGACUCUGCUGUGCAAAGGCCUGGCCGAGUACGCUCUCGGACACCUCGGUGCAGCGGACACCCUAGAACGAGCCACGGAGGCGAAUUCCACCAAAGAAGCAACGGAUGCGCGUAUGAGGGCUGUUGCCAGAUGCAGCGAAGCAGAGACCGGACAAUUCGAUUUCUACGCUCUAGCCAAUAAGCUGAGCGCAGAAAAGCCAUACGUCGAGGCUGCGAGUUUCGUCCAGCGCAUCAGUGUGAGGCAGACACCAAACCGCGGCCGUGGGCUAUUUGCGCAAGAAGAUAUCGCUUUUGGCCAUCUGGUGCUGGUCGAGAAGUCUUUCUGCAGUGUCUUCUCCAAUCAGGACGCCGGCUUUGAUGCCACCAGGUAUGAGCCGGCUCGAUUCGCUCCCUAUCAAAUGGAGCGUGCAGCAUUCUUCAAGGCCGUUCUUCUGAAGAUGUAUCACAAUCCUUCGCUGAGAGCUCAGGUGUCAGAUCUUCACGCCGAUUCGCCUAAGCCGCCAUCGCCCGAUACUUUGGACUACUUCCAUAUUGAGCGACUGACAGCUCUCAACUCCCUCGGCUGCCGCGUGCCAAAGCAAGUCAAUGCACACAUUGCAAAGCCAUACCCCUUCGGUCGCUCGUAUGCCGGAGAUGCGGUUGGCAGUAGUGGCCUAUGGAUCAAGACCUCAUACAUCAACCACUCCUGCAUUCCGAACGCCGAGCCAAGUGUCAUUGGCGAUCUCAUGGUCGUCAAAGCUACUCGAAACAUCACCCAGGGCGAGGAGAUCACGAUUUCGUACUUCAACGACAUUGACUACCAAACGAGGAGCAGGAAAAUCAAGUCCUCUUGGGGCUUCGAUUGCACCUGUGAGCUCUGCACUGCGGAGGCUGCUACUUCUCCCGCGGACAUGGAAGAGCGCAUACAGCUCCGCGAUCUAAUCACUGAGCAACAGAUGAGCGACUCCUCUCUCGCUGGCUCACUCGAAGCUGCUGACAGCGACGUCGACGAUGUGGAGGCAACCUACGACGAGCAGUUGUAUGCUGAUCUGCCACGCGAGGAUCUGGCACAUGCAAACGUGCGCCUCUAUCUAAUGCACCUACGGCAACGUAACGUUGCUAAUGCGGCUCGCGCCCUAAAAAUGGCGCUCGAAGCGCAAAACAUCAAGCUCGUGAUUCGCAAUCAAGAGGUCCGACUGCUCGACAGCAGACGCCAAAUUAACAGCCUCACAGUAGAGUGCCUCCUCGGGCUUGCCAAUUUCUACGAAAGGGCGCUCAACGAGCCUGCAAAUGCGUCACAGCUUCGGGAGCUAGCAAAGACCUUUUACUUUGUGCUCAACGCCACUACCCAUGGUUUCAACAGAAUCAUUCCUUCAUGA